AUGAAGCGUCAGAAAAAGGAGCUGAAACCCGAGUUUGAUAUGCUGCUUCCAUGCGGAAAGUUCUCCACGGAACUCGACUGCGAUAAAAGUUGUCUAUCAAAUAAUGACGGUACUCAGUUACCGUGCGCCAAACAUCAGACGGUCAACUUUUAUCCGACAUUUAAUGCCUCUAAAGACAAGACCAUUCUUGACGCUAUUUUUGAUGAUGAAUAUCUCAAGCGCCCUAACGAAUACUAUAUCAGCGCUGUUCUGGUCAAGGAUCUGGAUCUAGACUCGAUCGUCCAGAACUACUAUGGCCAGUUCCACAAUUGUCAUCCCUUUAUGCCGCAAAAGCACGAGAUAUGGGACUAUCUCGAUAGCAUUCCCCACAAGUACGAUCUUUUGCUGGCCAUGAAACUCAUGGGAGAUGGCCAAACGAAAACAGUCUACGCCAGAGACGUCGAAACCGUCAAUUAUCUGGUAAACUCUAUUUUAAGCUAUUCACGGCAGGUUGGCAAAGAUUUGGUUUCUUUGCAGGCCCUUCUCCUGGCAGCCAUGGCCGCACAUAUCUCGUCCUUGCACGAUGUCAGCCAGAGCCUUCGGCAAUGUGUGGUGUCGCUUGCCCUGGAGAUGGAGCUCAACCUGGUCGAUCAGGCACAGGUUCCUGAUAUAUUUAUGGAUGUGAAUGGUUUUGUGACAACAAGAACCAAAAACACCCCCAAAACAGUGGACACCGUUGACAAGCUGUUGCUAUCCCCACGUACAUCUCAAGUUCCCCGCGAAAUCCUUGAAAACACCGCCCGUCGAACACUGUGGGAGCUAUAUUUUUUCGACACGCUUAGCGGUACCGCAUCCGGCCAGGCUACUUCAGAUCUCGCUAUCAAAAAAAUCCUAACUUUGUAUCCAAAGGACAUCCCGCAAUCCGUUUUCGACUUCAAGAGUCGUGCAGAAUGCUGCAAACUGGUGAACGAUUCUAUAAAACUGAACGUGGCUAUCCAGGACAAUCAGCAUUACCAGAAACAUCUCCAACAUCUAAAGGCUGCCAUUGGCAACUGGGAUCUCCGCAUAGACGAUCCCGACGCGUACCAUUCGCCGUACCUGGUGAAUUCCAGUGGUUUUGUCAACGAAGGUGUGCAGCAGGCCGUGAUACUGGUCAACUACUCCAAAAUCUUCAUGCACAGGCCGUUCUCAUAUUUAUGGAGACCAGACGUUUCCAAACACCCAGAUCUUUCUGAUGGCAGCAAGACGAAGGAUGCCAAGUCGCCAGAGAAGCAGGAGGCAGAUUCUCGCAAGAUCAUCGAGACUCGACGGACCAUUGACUCUGCCUCCUCGGUAGUCAAACUGCUACUCGACACAAACCCCACUAAGAUCCUGGACAGAACGCCAUUUUUCGCCUGUUCACUGGCGUUCUCGUGCCUGGUGCAUCUGAGUGCUUACUCGUGGGUCGAGAGCAGUCUCACUGUUCUUGACGAUUCGUCUAGCGAGCUGUCGUCGUUGCGAGACAGCAUCAGCUCGGAAGAACUCGAAACUUACACGGAGUACAUCAAGCUGGAGCUCGGAGGUAUCUUCCAGAUAUCGAGACAUUGGGCCUUGUCGGCGAAGUUGGUGCAGCACAUCAAGGAGACAUUGAAGAAGGUGUCGCCAAAGCUGUUUGCCAAAGUCCAGGCAAGCAUACCUGAGUCCCAAAACUAUGUGGAGGUGGACUCUUCAGAGCCAUCCUUGGACAAAAUGAGUACCUCCACAGAAAGCAGUUUCCCAACAGCACCGUCCUAUGACCUGCCAGUCACCGAGAUCGACUUCAACGAAUACGAGCCCGACAUCGUGGGAAUGUCAUUGGACCCUCAGGAUAGCGACACGGGAUGUGACUGGGUCGACAGAAACGUCUUUGAGUUUGAGGAUUUUCUAUAG